AUGGGAUUAACAUACUUCAUGUUAAAUCAAUCAAAAAAGAUUCUGAAUAUUGCAUUUAGUUCGCUGGGUAAUUCUUUACAAAAGAUAUUUUGUUAUUUAGGAAUCUCUUCAUCCAGCUGUGAUGCUUCAACAAGCAUCUUAUUGUUACCUUUUAGAAAGUAUGGAUUUCUUUCUGGUGGUGAUCUGUACAAGAAAGAAAUAUCACCAUUGGCUGCACACAUAGUAGCAACAACAUCCAAACAGGGGACAUUAGUUAGGCUUCAUUCUGUUUCAGAACCAAUCAAGUCUUAUGCAACAACAUCGGAACAGGGGACAUUAAUUAUAUUUGGGAAUCUGUCAGCCAGCAGCUGGGGUCGAGUCUGCGGGACUUCAUCAUCGGUCACCGCCGCCAUCCACCAAGACGUUCUCCGACCACCUAAAAGCCAUCGAGCGACAUUGAAGACCAACUGGGACGGGAACGAAGCUGCAUCAAUGGAGAUUGAAGGAGUGGCGUUGCGAUGGUCGUCGUUCGUUACUCUCCUGCCGGUGGAUGCCACCAAAGGGGUGGUUGGGUUCACUUCUAGCAAGUCGGGUGUGCUGCUGCCACCUUUCCGUGUCACCACCGCCACUGUACGCUACCACUUGCAAGCAAGAUUCGCGUGGUGGGCUUUCCUGCUUGUCGGGGAAUUGAGAGAAACCACCGCCACCACCGUGAGGUGGUGGCUGUUGUCCCAAGACUUUUGA